CCUGCCCGGUGGGUGGGGCGGGACUGAGCGGUCUGGGGCGGGUCUAGAGCCUGAAGGAGCCGCACCACAGAGGCUGCAGGGUGGAUUCACUGAAGUGAUGACUUGGGAUGAAAAACUUUCCAACAGUCAGAGAGAGGUGUCCAAGAGAAGACUGGUCUGCUCCGGGCAGCGUGAACUCCUCAUCACCAGAAGAGUUCAAGAGAGGGCUGAAUGAUUCCUUACCUGCCAUGCUGUAGAAGGGUUUCCUCUUCUGGGGAAGUGAGACAGGUGCUAGCUCUGUGCCCCUCCUCCACCUCCUCCUUGCCCAGGCCCUUGGGCCCUGCCGCUGGCUCAGCAUGGCGUGGGGGCUGCCCAGUGCCGCCAGCCUGGCCCGGCUCUGCCAGAAGCUCAACCGGCUGAAGCCAUUGGAAGACACCAUGAUGGAGACGUCCCUGAGGCGCUGCCUGUCUACGCUGGACCUGGCACUGCUGGGCAUUGGAGGCAUGGUGGGCUCGGGCCUCUACGUGCUCACAGGCACAGUGGCUAAAGAACUGGCAGGCCCGGCGGUGAUCAUCUCUUUUGCUGUGGCUGCCGUGGCCUCACUGCUGGCAGCCCUGUGCUAUGCGGAGUUUGGGGCACGCGUGCCACGCACGGGCUCAGCCUACAUGUUCACAUACGUGUCCAUGGGCGAGGUCUGGGCCUUCCUCAUUGGCUGGAAUGUGCUACUGGAGUACAUGAUCGGGGGUGCUGCCGUGGCCCGCGCCUGGAGCGGCUACCUGGAUUCCAUCUUCAGCCACCACAUCCGGAACUUUACGGAGACCCACGUGGGCGUGUGGCAGGUGCCCUUCCUCGCCCGCUACCCAGACUUCCUGGCCGCGGGCAUCCUGCUGAUCGCCGCCGCCUUUGUUUCUUGUGGGGCCCGUGUCUCCUCCUGGCUCAAUCACAUCUUCUCUGCCCUCAGCCUAGGCGUCAUUGUCUUCAUUGUCAUCCUGGGUUUCGUGCUGGCGCAGCCCAGGAACUGGAGCACACAGGAGGGUGGCUUUGCCCCUUUCGGCUUCUCAGGCAUCCUGGCGGGCACAGCCACCUGCUUCUACGCCUUUGUGGGCUUUGAUGUCAUCGCUGCCUCCAGUGAAGAGGCCAGGAACCCCAAGCGGGCAGUGCCCAUGGCCAUCGCCAUCUCCCUGAGCCUGGUGGCCGGUGCCUACAUCCUGGUGUCCAUGGUCCUGACUCUGAUGGUGCCCUGGCACAGCCUGGACCCCGAGUCGGCCCUGGCUGAUGCCUUCUACCGGCGUGGCUAUGGCUGGGCUGGCUUCAUUGUGGCUGUGGGAUCCAUCUGCGCCAUGAACACUGUUCUGCUCAGCAACCUCUUCUCUCUGCCAAGAAUCAUCUACGCCAUGGCCGCUGACGGGCUCUUCUUCCAGGUGUUUGCCCACGUGCACCCCAAGACCCAGGUGCCGGUCGUGGCCAUCGUCGUGUUUGGGAGCCUCACGGCAGUGCUGGCCCUGAUCCUGGACCUCGAGGCCCUGGUCCAGUUCUUGUCUAUUGGGACUCUGCUGGCCUACACCUUCGUGGCGGCCAGCAUCAUUACCCUUCGCUUCCAGAGAGCCCCGGCCUCUGGCUCGCCACCCGCCCUAGCCAGCCCGGGCCCCCCCUCCAAACAGUAUGAGUCCUUCUCCGACAGGCUGCAGCUGGUGGGGGCCACCCAGGCCGAGGCCCCCGAGCCAGGCCAGCUCAAGCUAGCCUGGCGGCCCUACCUGCCCUUUUUGAGUGCCCGCUGUGGCUCAGGGGCUUCUGUGACCUGGGCCUUGGGGGGCCUCAUGGUGUCUGCCAUCGGGCUCAACUGCGUGCUUCUCUUUGGGGAUUCCCCCUUGCGCCUGCCCCGCUGGUGCUCUGCCUUCCUUCUGGUCCUCUGCAGCCUGGCCUUUCUGUGCAGCCUCCUUGUCCUCAGUGCCCACCAGCAGCAGCCAGGCCAGGACACUUUCCAGAUCCCUUGGGUGCCCCUGACUCCAGCCCUGAGCAUCCUUCUGAAUAUCUGUCUCAUGCUGAAACUGAACUAUAUGACCUGGCUUCGCUUUGCUAUCUGGAUGCUGGCAGGGCUUGGCGUCUACUUUGGCUAUGGAAUCAGGCACAGUAAGGAGAACGUGGAGGACCCUCCAGGUUCAGGCAGCACCCGCUAUGUGGUAUUCCCCAGCGGGAGCCUGGAGGAGACGGUGGAAACAGUGCAGCCCCCCGACCAGGCCAGCUCAGGUCCUCCUCCCAGCGCUGACAGCCCCAGCCCAGGGAGCAGUGGCUGAUGCUCAGCAGACUGUUCAGAAUGGCCCUCACUGCCAGGGGCUGGCAGGCCUGGCCCCUCCUCUCCCAACCCUUACACCUCUCUCCCAGCAUCCUUGGAGCCUCCCUCUGGGGGGAAGGAAGAAUAUUGUGGGGGAGAGUGUCUUCAGCCACCCGCCUUCCCUGCUCUCCUCCUGUUGGCCUGACCCUGAGGCCCCUACAACCAGCCAUUCUGGAAGUGGCCCAUAGCUGUCUGUCUGGGGUGGGGCAUGGGGGGCAGAGGGCUGGGGAAAGCGCCCCACUGGGAGCCCUCGUUCCCAAUGAGUAAUGUGCAAGGGCCCAGAAGGCUAGGAGAAGUUUGGAAAGGGAAGUCUGGAAAGGGUGGUGACUGAUUAUAGGCAAUUAGCCAUUUUCUUUGCUGGUGCCGUAUGCCAUUGAGACAGCUGGUGCCUAUCAUCUGGGCUAAGUGAAGAAUAUUAAUAAUGAUGCCAACGACCCACACUGAA